UGCUCACCUUCUUCAUUGGGGCAGGGAGGGGUAAAGUUAUGGGCAGACAGGGCUGCUGCUUCUGACUCAUCUGUGGUUGAGUCUGGUAAAAGGGGCGGGGACAACUGGUUUAAUAUGAACAGCUUGCUAAACAUUUAGCUGCACUGAUUAAAUGUAGAUUAAAAAGGAGUGAAGUGUAGGCUAACACUAGUCUGUAGCUAACGUUAGCUUAUUUCACUAUGGACAUUAAGCUAAUCUCUACCACUCACAGACAAUAGGCUACCCACCUUUCUUGGAGAAAAACUGGCUCACAUAUUGACACCCUUUCUUUUGCCUCUCCUCUCUCUCCUUUCUCUCUUUCCUUUUGUGAAAACCGGAUUUUCUUUUAGUGCUAACCUAGCUAGCAUGAUGAUGACCAUAGCGUCCUAGCGCAGCUGCUGACUGCUACUAGGCACCGUCACCUUCAGUGUGCUAAGGCAGGACCAAACCAUUUCAUGCAGAUACGGGGGUGGUCAGUCAAUAUGCAUGUUUCCUUUUGGGUCAUUGGGGAUAUUAAACUUUUACUGCCAAACACAAGUAAAAACAAAGAGAUCAUUAAUUUUACUAUAUUUGAAAAAAAUAUUCUUAUAUUCUUAAUGAUGAUGGUUUAAUAAUUUUAUAUUAAUUUUUACCUAUUUGGAAUUGUCCUAACUAUUCUCCCCUAUACAGGCGCCACUGUGUUAGAUGAUCGCUGCCACUCUGCACUGUGCUCGUAUGGCGGUUUCUGCUGAUAUCAGGACGGCGUCGUUGUGGCAGUGUAGUGUCCACUCUCCAGCUCCAUCCUGGUUAACACCGUUAGCUCCGUCAGCACUGUUUAAUGAGUUAGCACUGUUAGCUGUUAGCCACAGGCUCAGACGCCUCCAUGUUGAGAGCUGUGUGCAGACACCAGGUGGAUCUACAGACUUCAUUAAUACUUCACUGCUGAGGAGUUUAACCUUUAACAAAGCAAACAAAUCAUAUAAAAUGUUUUACAUGUCAGUGUUUAAGUACAAAUAAUGUUAACUGUUAAAUAAAUGUAACACAGUAGAAGGUACCAUACCUGCCCCUGAGAUGUAAAGGAGAAGUAUAAAGUGGCACAAAAUGGAAAUACUCAAGUACAGUACCUCAUAAUGAAGUAUGAGUGUACUUAGUUACUUUCCUCCUCUCUCUGCUUCACACAUCAGGUCUGUGAGCAUCAAUAAAAUAAAUAAAAACCUCUCUUAAUCAAAUACUGAACUGAAAAAAGAAAAAAUUCAGUUCAUGUAGUUCCCUCCCACACUUCCUGUUUCUCCUCCGUCAGCUCGCAGCAUCAGUCAGACGAGGAGUAAACUGUCUUCAGCUUCAUUUAUUAUCAGCCUGUCUCUUUAUUCUGAGCUCCUGCAGACCUGAGGAGACGAACACAGGUGGGUUGCUUUAAUAUUUAUAUAAAUUAGACUUAAAGGACAGAGGAGAUUUAUGGAUUCAUCAUUUAGUUUUAUUUCAUCUCUCUAUUUUACCUUGUUUUAUCUUUUUAUUUGAUCAUUUUUAUUCUAUCUUUUGUCUCUGUUUAAUAUUUUUAUCUUUUUGUUUUAUCUUUAUCUCCUUUUAUCCUUUUUAUCUUUCUCAUCUUUUUGUUUUUAUCUGUUGAUUAUUUUUAUUUAAUCUUUUUCUCUUUGUGCUCUUUUUAUUUUUAUUUCUUUAUUUUAUUUUUAUUUUUUUAAUUUUGUUUGUGUUUUAUCUUUUUGUUUUAUCUUUUUGUUUUGUCUUCUUCUUUUAUCCUCUUUCUUUAACUAAUAAUUCUAAUUAAUACAUCUUUCUGGUGAUGCAGUAGAGUUCCUGUGAUGUGAUCAGAAGGAGCUCUCACUCUGUCUCACAUUUUUCUUUCCGUUCUUUGUCUUUCCGUUUCCUCUCUGACACGCAGAGAUGACGUCGGAUUAUUUGCAGCUAUCUGAUUGGUCCUCUGCUGUCAUAACGAUGCCAUACAAAACAUUGAUGUUCGACACAAAGGUUGGCUCCGCCCCUUCACACACCUACCUCGAAUCACCAAACACAUCCCAUGAGCCAGAGCUUUACCACGUCAUCAAUUCCUCCCUCUGGUUGGACGACUCCAGCUGUCAAUCACUCAGUUCUGCUUAUGUCCCGCCUCUUCCUUCCUCCUCCUUAUAUGGUAAUCCAUCUGUAACCCCACCCCCCACCUGCCUCCUCUCAACACCUGGAUGGAACGGUUACUACAGCAACCUUUACCCCUCCCCCUCCUCCUCCUCUAGUGACUGGCCGUUAUCUGGCAGUCUGUCAUGGAGGCAGGGCAGUGCCCCAGAGCAGCGUGAGUGUGUGAGCUGUGGGACGAGAAGCGCUGCCCUGUGGAGGAGAGACGCUACAGGUCAUCACCUGUGUGACACCUGCUGCCUCCAACAGGAAACCAGCAACAGACCGCUGCUGCGACCCAAGAGGAGAGCUGUUGUGACUCAGAGGAAAGGAACUCAGUGUGUCAACUGUGCAACUGGAACGACGACGCUGUGGAGACGAAACUCUGCAGGAGAACCCGUCUGCAACGCCUGUGGCCUCUACUACAAACUACACCAGGUCAACCGGCCGCUGGCGAUGAAGAAAGAUGGAAUCCAAACCAGAAACCGUAAAGUGACCAAUAAGAACAAGAGGAGCAGGAAAUCUGACCAAUCAGAGAUGAAGUUGUCCCGACUGACCCCGCCCACUGAGGAGGCCAUGGCUGUAUUUGACACCGCUUACUGUACGACUAGCACGUACUGAUGUGGCCAACACGUAGGCUGGU